UAUGUUUAUGUCACUCUGUCACCCACAUCCAAAUUCCUUUACUUUACUACCCUCUUCUUAUAAACCUUAAUCUUAGUAUAUUUAUUAUAUACCACUUCCAACCUUCCCCGACACCAAACAUUCCAAACCAAAACUGUUCCUCUAUUAGAUGGCAACAAACAGUGUCCAAGAAAAACAGAACCAUCCAAAAGAAGAACCAGAAGAACAUGAAGAAGCAUUGUCACUUUGUGAUCUUCCACUAUCUCCAAACCAAUUAUCAACUAAAGAAGAACAACACUCUCACAUCAAUGAAAAACAAGAAGAAUUCAAUUUUCAUUCAUGGGUUGGUUUCUUUUCAACAGAACCAAAAAUGUGUGUAGCUGAUGAAGUUUUCUUCCAAGGUCAAAUUCUUCCAUCACGUUUCUCAUUCAGCUCCGAAGCCGGCUUAUUAACAACAAAAUCACUAUACCAACAACAUGAUGGUAAGCAAUUCAAUUCCAAAUUCAAUCAAUGCAAAUUCAACGAGUUUCGAAGCAAUAGUAGUACAAGUCAAAACUCGAAUACAUCAACUAGUACUAGUUCUACUACAACACCAAUAGUUUCAAAUUCAAUUUCUUCAAAAUCCAAAGUUAGAAACCAAUUUCACACACAUCCAAGUCCAAAACCUCAGUUAAAAUCAUCUUGUCCAAGAAAAUCGACAACUCAAAGUAGAAAAUCAUCGGUAUGGGAAAUUUUUCGAUUAGGCGUGGUCCCUACGCCAGAAAUAGAAUUACAAGACCUCAAGGUUCGUAGUAGUAAUAAAAAUUGUGUCAGUCGUAAUAGUAGUAGCAGUAGUAGUAAUAAUAGUACUUUAAAUGAUAAAGGUGGCAAAAUGAGUAAGAAAAAUGAUGUUUUCAAACACUUUGUUGGUAAACGAGGUGGUUUGUUGAGUGGUUGUGAUUGUUCAAUUGAAACGGUAAAAUUUGACAUGGUGAUGAACAAAGGUGAAAACAAAAGUGGAUAUAAUGCAGAAAGUACUAGGAAGCAUGCCAUGAAAGAAAAAGUUAUGGAGUGGAAGAAACAGAAGCAAAGGCAAAAGCAAGGGAAAAAGGUCAUGUCACGUCGUAGAACGUUUGAAUGGCUUAAAGAGUUGCAUGCAAAUCAUGUUGAUGAAGAGGCAUUGUUAUCAAAUCCGUCAUGAAUGGUGGUGGUGAAUCGGAUCUUCUGCUGCAGAUAUAGACCGAUUAAAUUGAGAGAAAUUUAUCUCCAAAUCUAACCGGCCCUAUAGCUGCAGCACCAUAGUGUAGUUGUAGAGAAUCCAUAUCCGGUGUUGUUGGACCUUAGGUUUCUUGUAUUAAUGAAUUUAUGCAAUUUAGUCAUUUGAUUU